GGAAACAACCUCUCCAGCAAGAGCAGAGCUGCUUUGAAGAAAGCCACAUUUGGUCUAUUUCAUUGUGAUUUCCAGGGGGACGCAGCGAAUGAGAUGAAAAUUGAAAUUAAUUUGGUGUUUUGCGCGUUGGUGGUCCUUACCGGCUCGUUGCAGACAAAAGGUCAGAGCACUCCUGUGCCUCCUGUCCUCACCUCAGCUGCCCUCCCAAGCCAGACUGGAACCCCAGUGUCCCCUGUUCUGCCAGAGGAUGCUGGAGACAAGGUCCUGCAGUGGGCACAUACUCCUUCAGGCUGGGGCAGAGCAUCAACGAAACCCAUGACCAUCACUGAGGCUGAAGGGAUAGUCCAAUCGAUGACUAUGACAGCUGCAGUACAUGGGAAUAAAUUGGUGACCACAACAUCUGGAGUGUCAACCUCUCAGCGAAUCCCCAUGACUGUUAACCCUCUUCAGCCCACUGCUUCUGUCUCCGAUGUUUCAGGCAGUCAUUCAGCCCUUCCCACCGCAGAGAGCUCCACCUCAGCGGGGCAGAUCACAACCCCUGCUGGCACUGCCCCCACUGCUGGAGAUCCACACACCACCUCUACUUUUCACUCUACCCCUGAAUCCCAUAAAGCAACCUCCACCACAUCCCAACCCUCAACCCAGCCCCAGUCUGAAUCCCUGACCCCAGCUCCCACCCCGCCCUCUGCCACAAGCUCUCCUCUCACCUCUGCUCCAGCCUAUAUCCCUGCUGGCCCGACACAUCACGAGAUACCAUCGGAGCUGAAUGUUGGAGAUGAAGACCUCAAGGGCUCCCAUCACCACCCCAGCUCCCCUCUGGACCCGCUGCUGGCCGGCCUGUUGUCAGUCCUCAUCGUCACGACAGCUAUAAUCUCCGUCAUCCUCUUCCUCAGGUUCCACCAGCGGGCCGAUCACCCAGAGUUCCACAGACUACAGGACCUACCCAUGGAUGACCUGAUGGAGGACACACCACUCUCCAGAUAUACCUACUGAUGGAAGCAUCUUGUCUUGUCAUUUGUACUCCCUAGAAGAGAAGCAAGCAGACUCCAAAGAAUGACCAUUUUGGAUCUGAGCAGCCUUUGCCUGGAUGCAGUUGCAUCCCCUUACAUGUCCCACUGAUCAGUUUCCCCCUUUGACUGUGAAACCUGAGUCAGUGGUAAAUAUUUAAAGGAUGUUUU